GUCGGGACCGAGUUUGCAGGGCCACAUCCGGGAUUUUUUCCCGCAGCAUCCUCUUCGCCGACAUCGUGGGCUUCACGCAGCUCUCGUCGUCCUGCAGCGCCCAGGAGCUCGUCAAGCUCCUCAACGAGCUCUUCGCCCGCUUCGACAAGCUGGCCGCCAAGCACCACCAGCUGCGGAUCAAGAUCCUGGGGGAUUGCUACUACUGCAUCUGCGGGCUGCCGGAAUUCCGGGAGGACCACGCCGUGUGCUCCAUCCGGAUGGGGCUGGCCAUGGUGGAGGCCAUCGCCUCGGUGCGGGAGCGGACGUGCACGGCGGUGGACAUU